CGCUCAUGUGGUUUCCCCAGCCUCCCUCCUCUGCUCUGUCUCUGCCUCCACCUUUGUGUAAAAGCCAAGGGGCUGGGCUCUGACUGCAUGAGCCACAGGCAGGAAGCUUUUUUCUAAAAAAAAAAAAAGAAACGAAACGACAAGUUUCCUCCUGUGUGCACUGCUUUCCCCCUCACUCGACUCGUCUCAUUCUGAUCUGCACUCGACACACCCCAGGCUUCAAGAAUGCAACCGUUCCAGGCCGCCCCUGGUCAGUUUGGUCCCGAGGCACGGGAGCCGGGCCUGCGCUGCUGGCGGGUGGAGAAGAUGAAGGCCGUCCCGCUGGAGCCCUCCGAGCUGGGCGCCUUCUUCAACGGCGACUCCUACCUGGUGCUGAGCAACCGAGGGGAGGAGGGGGCCGACCUGCACAUGUGGAUCGGUGAGAAGUCAUCUCGUGACGAGCAGGUGGCCUGUGCCAUGCUGGCCACGCAGCUGGACAACUUCCUGGGCGGGGACCCCAUCCAGCACCGGCACGUCCAGGGAUACGAGUCUCCAGAGUUCAUGAGUCUUUUCCCCAGGGGAGUCAGCUACAAGGAGGGCGGAGUGGAGUCUGGGUUCCGGAGGACUCAGUCUGGUUCUUGCCCAGUCCACAGAUUGUACCAGAUCAAGGGCAAGCGCAACAUCCGGGCCAAGGAGGUGGAGCUGAGCUGGGACAGCUUCAACAAGGGAGACUGCUUCAUCCUGGACCUGGGGGAGACCAUUGUGUCUUGGGUCGGGUCCCAGGCAAAUAUCUUUGAGAAGCAGAAGGUGUGUGAGAUCGCCACCCUGAUCCGCGACACGGAGAGGCACGGCAAGGCACGCAUCGUGGACGUCAGCGAGGGCGAGGAGACGCCAGAGAUGCUGAAGGUGCUGGGCCCAAUGCCAAGCCUGAAAGAGAGCACCUCAGAGGAGGACUCCCAAGCUGAUGCCUCUAACUCUGCCUCCUUGUACAAGGUCUCUGAUGCCACCGGGGCAAUGAAACUGACCAAAGUGUCAGAGAAAAGCCCAUUUGACAAGGACCUCCUGGUGCGUGAUGACUGCUUCAUACUGGACAAUGGAGCCAACGGCAAGAUCUUCGUCUGGAAAGGGAGCGGAGCCAAUGCAGAGGAGAAGAGGGAGGCUCUAAAGAUGGCUGAUGACUUCAUCCAGAAGAUGAACUAUCCCAGGAUGAAAACACAGGUGGAGAUCCUGCCACAGGGCAGAGAGAGAGUUAUAUUCAAGCAGUUCUUUAAGAACUGGAACUAAACUCACACAAAACACCAAAGGACCUGUUAACCUCACAAUCCAAAUAAAAAGCAAGGAAUAUUAUUCCCACUGAUGUCUUGCUUAAUCCCACCAAGAGUAAUAAGACCUAAAUACGUGUAUAUUACCCAGGACCAACUGGAGAGGAAGUCUUGUUUUGGCAAACAUGAGAAUCACAUUGAGAGUUCACAGAGCGCCCUCUGGUGUUUACUAUAGUCAUAACUUUUAUUUGAAAGUGCGCCAAGAUUGCAUUCUGCAUAUAUUAUAAAAUAUAAAAAUUUAAAAAGUUAUUUUUUACAUUUGUUUUAACAUGACUGGAGAUGUUUCUGGAAACAACAGACCAGAAUAAUAAAGGUUUUCAA